CAGUUCACCAGCCUCCCCGCAUUCUCGGCCAGGGUCAGCUCUUCUCUCUGAUUUCCCCUCUGCGGCUCCGAGACGAGGGGAGUUCAGAGUCCCGGGCUCAGGACGGACAGAAAGACAGACGGUCAACCGCGCCCAGGCUCGCCCGCAGAGCCCCUGCAUUCCCCGCCCCCGCCCGCCUCGCCGGGACCAUGUCCAAACCUUCAGACCACAUCAAGCGGCCCAUGAAUGCCUUCAUGGUAUGGUCCCGGGGCCAGCGGCGCAAGAUGGCCCAGGAAAAUCCCAAGAUGCACAACUCGGAGAUCAGCAAACGCCUGGGAGCCGAAUGGAAGCUCCUGUCCGAGGCAGAGAAGCGGCCUUACAUCGACGAAGCCAAAAGGCUGCGCGCCCAACACAUGAAGGAGCACCCCGACUACAAGUACCGGCCGCGGCGCAAGCCGAAGAACCUGCUCAAGAAGGACAGGUAUGUCUUCCCCCUGCCCUACCUGGGCGACACGGACCCGCUCAAGGCGGCCGGCCUGCCCGUGGGGGCUUCCGACGGCCUCCUGAGCUCGCCCGAGAAAGCCCGGGCCUUCUUGCCGCCGGCCUCGGCACCUUACUCCCUGCUGGACCCUGCGCAAUUUAGUUCCAGUGCCAUCCAGAAGAUGGGUGAAGUGCCCCACACGUUGGCCACCAGCGCGCUGCCCUACGCGUCCACCCUGGGCUAUCAGAACGGCGCCUUCGGCAGUCUCAGCUGCCCCAGCCAACAUACGCACACGCACCCGUCCCCCACCAACCCAGGCUACGUGGUGCCCUGUAACUGUACCGCCUGGUCUGCCUCCACCCUGCAGCCCCCUGUCGCCUACAUCCUCUUCCCAGGCAUGACCAAGACUGGCAUAGACCCUUAUUCGUCAGCCCACGCUACGGCCAUGUAACCCCCAGCUUGGCCCGGACCUGAAGGGUGGCGUGGAAGCAGAGAUCUGAAUCCUUUCCUUUGCACAUAGUCUGACCCGCAGAUGCCUCUGGGUCAGGCCUGCCGCUGCCCCUUGCCCACCCCAGACUCUGCCUCUCUCUUCCAGGGGGGAAGGGAGGGGCCGUCAUCCUGGACCCACGGCACAGACUGGUGCCGGAAAUUUGCAAACAUUUAGAAAGCUACACAUCUUCCCCUCUCCCGACUCUCCCAAAGCAAGUCUCCGACUGUACCCCCU